UGGGAUAAACUGUGUCCGCUAGUUCUUCCACCUAUUAUUGAUGAACAGAAAUGGGAAAGCAUCGCUCAGGACUUUAAUGAUUUGUGGGAUUUUCCACACUGUAUUGGGGCAAUUGAUGGGAAACACGUUACAAUGCAGUGUCCAAACAAUGCAGGAUCAAACUUUUAUAAUUAUAAGAACAGUCACAGCAUUGUUUUACUAGCCAUUUGUGAUGCGCAUUACAAUUUUCUGUUCGUGGAUAUUGGUGCGUAUGGUCGACGCAGUGAUGGAGGCGUAUUUAAAGAGAGCACCUUUGGACAAAAAUUUGAAACAAGCACAAUAAAAGUUCCUAAAGAAGAAUGUAUUUAUGCUGGAGGACCAUUGCUGCCAUAUUGCCUUGUUGGAGAUGAGGCGUUUCCACUUAAGCCAUAUUUGCUUCGGUCAUAUCCACGAGGAGGCAAAAAGACAUUGAAUGCAGAUCAACAUGUUUAUAAUUAUCGAUUAAGUCGUGCCAGAAGGAUUAUUGAAAACGUCUUCGGAAUUCUGGCAAGUCAAUGGAGGAUCUACAGAAAGCCAAUUAUUGCUAGAGUAAACACAACCAUGAGCAUGAUUAAAAGUACAAUUUGCUUGCAUAACUGGCUUCAUAAAGACUCCAAAAACGAUUUUUAUGUAACAUCCGACCUAUUGGAUAAAGAAACAAUAGAUGGUGUGCACAUUCCAGGUUCAUGGAAAACAAUAAUAGAAAAUGGAUGUGCUUUUACAGACGUGUUCAAUUGUGGCACACAUAAUAGUACUCGAAAAGCCAUCAGAAUUAGAGAACUUUUCUGCCAAUAUUUCAACAAUGAAGGUGCCGUACCAUGGCAGUGGGACCAAUAA